GGGCCAGGUGGGCCUCCUGGCAGAGGGAGAUCAGGAGCUGCAGGGUUGCCGGGAACCAACGGCUUGCCAGGCGGAGUGGGACCACAGGGCCCAGCAGGCUCUGAAGGUCUUGCAGGGCUUGCUGGCCCUGUCGGCGCUGAUGGACCCCCAGGUCUUCCUGGCAUUCUUCCUGAUGGCAGUGGGGAUCCUCCGUGUCCCGCCAUUUGUCCCCAUGGUCCGCCUGGUCCUCCUGGGAUGCCAGGAUUCAAAGGACACACAGGCCAUAAGGGAGACAAAGGAGAACUCGGCAAAGACAGGGAGAAGGGUAUCGUUGGCCCGCCUGGUCCUCCAGGUAUUCCUGGUACUGUGGGUCUGCAGGGCCCACGUGGUCUCAGGGGCCUCCAGGGGCCAAUGGGAGCUGUAGGAAACAGGGGUCUGACAGGCUUCAGAGGCAAGCCUGGUAUCACAGGCGUCAUUGGAAAGACAGGUGAUGCAGGAGAGAAGGGACCCCAGGGAUUCAGCGGACCCAAGGGAGACAUUGGCAAAAUCGGUCCUAAAGGAGGUCCCGGUGGACUAGGACCCAAAGGAGAGCCUGGCAUCCCCGGCAGGGAUGGCAAAGACAGCACCCAGGGACUUGACGGAGAGAAGGGCGAUCCGAGCCGGAACGGGGUCCCUGGAGAGAAAGGGCCCAACGGACUUCCUGGUCUACAAGGAAGGGCUGGAGGAAAGGGGUCUAAAGGGACAGUCGGUGAUGCAGGGAAGAUGGGCGAAACGGGACCCUCUGGAGAGCCAGGUAUUCCUGUAUGUAUCUGAAGGGGGAAGGGAUUG